GGAGGAACGAUGACCGGACCCACAAGGUGCAGGACUCCGACCAAUACUUCGAAUUUUUCAAAAGCCGGUCUGCACGCGAGGUCGCCACUGGUUCGGGAAGUUAGAACUCCCAACUUGAGAGCUUGUUGAAUGUUCAUAAAAAGCAUUCUUUAUCCUGGGGCCAGUGUUCCUCAUCUCACCCAAACCCUUCGGCCAAAUAUCUACGCUUUUUUUAAGCACGCGCAGAAACCAUGUCUCCAAGCAAAGUAACCGAGCAUCCCACUUACAAGAUUGCAUCAAUCCCUGCUGACGGGAUCGGACCUGAAGUAAUCUCAGCCGGUAUCACCGUACUGAAGAAGCUCGCUUCCACUCUCGGUACCUUUAACCUUGAAUUCGAGAACUUCGACUGGAGUUCAGAUACAUACAAGAAGACAGGAAAAUACCUUCCAGGCAAUGCUCUCCAAACCUUGAAGAAAUUCGACGCUAUAUUGUUCGGUGCUGUGGGCGCCCCUGAUGUCCCAGACCAUAUCUCUCUCUGGGGGCUUCGUCUAGCAAUCUGUCAACCCCUCCAGCAAUACGCCAACGUGCGUCCCACAAAAAUAUUCCGAGGAACUCAAUCUCCCCUACGCAAUUGCACAACCGGAGACCUAGACUGGGUGAUCAUCCGCGAGAACUCCGAAGGCGAGUACGCAGGGCACGGGGGACGAAGCCACAUUGGCCAAGCCUGGGAAACCGCGACUGAAGUCUCGAUCUUUACACGCCAUGGCGUUGAACGCAUCAUGAGAUUCGCGUUUGAAACAGCGAGUAAGAGGCCGAAGAAGCAUAUUACGGUCGUAACGAAGAGUAAUGCGCAGAGGAACGGAAUGGUACUUUGGGAUUUGGUUGCAAAGGAGGUUGCCGCGGAGUUCCCGGAUGUGAAGGUCGAGAAGAUGUUGGUUGAUGCGAUGACGACGAGAAUGGUGCUGAAGCCGGAAAGCAUUGACACUAUCGUGGCUACAAACCUACAUGCCAAUAUACUCUCUGAUCUCGCUGCGGCGCUGGCGGGGUCUAUCGGCAUUGCGCCGACGAGUAAUCUGGACCCUACUCGCGAGAAUCCUUCCAUGUUCGAGCCUAUUCAUGGCUCUGCUCUUGAUAUUAUUGGGAUGGGGAUUGCGAACCCGGUAGCAACUUUCUGGACCGCAGUUGAGAUGUUGAAGUGGCUUGGAGAAGAGAAAGCUGCUAAUGCUUUACUUGAAGCUGUGGAAAACGUUUGUGAGAAGGGCAUUAUUACGAAGGAUCUUGGUGGGACUGCUACGACGGCUGAGGUGACAAAUGCGGUGUGUGAUGAGAUUCAGAGAACCCUGGAAGGGAAAUAA